AUGCAUCCGAUUCCGGUGUCAGUAUGCAUUCAAGCUCAUACAGGCUUGCAUGGCAUGGCGGAGGCCGUUGUGGGCUCGCUGAUCCUUAAGCUUGCGGAUGCGCUAGUGAAUGAGGUCGUAGAGCUUGCUGGGUCCUUGUUCGGACUCGAGGGAUAUGCUCUGAAGCCACUAUUCUCCGAGAUAAGGAAGGUCAAGAGUGAGCUAGAGAGUAUUCAGGCUUUCUUGCACGCCGCCGAGAGCUUCAGGGACACUGAUGAGACCACUGCUGCAUUUGUUAGGCAAAUCAGGAUCCUUUCCUUCAACAUUGAAGAUGUCGUCGAUGAGUUCACCUACGAGUUGGCGGAUGAUGGUAGAGGUAUGCUUCUCUUCAAGGCGAUCAGGAGGUUGGGGCAAAUCAAGAUAUGGAACCGGUUGGCAGGCCGUCUCCGAGAUAUCAAGGCGGAUCUCAGGAGUGCUGCUGAAAGAAGGGGAAGGUAUGAUCUGAAGGGCAUUCAGAGAGACGCAAGGCUGACAGGAAGAAAUGGCUCAAAUUGGAGUUGCUUAAGAUACACUUCCUUUGAAGCAGAGGAUGAUCCUGUGGGGAUUGAGGAGGAAAAAAAUUUCUUAAUGAAGUGGGUCCAGGAUAAGGAUCGACGAAACUUGAUUGCAGCUGUGUGGGGGAUGGGUGGCAUAGGCAAGACAACACUUGCUCAUCAUGUUUAUAGUUCUGUCAAGGAUAAUUUUGACAUUUGUGCUUGGGUUACAGUAUCACAAAGCUCUGAAGCUGACGAUCUGCUGAGGAAAAUAGUUGAGGAGUUCCGCAAGAAUGAUCGGACAAAGGAAUUUCCCAAGGAUGUUGAUGUAACAGACUGUCGAAGCCUAGUGAAGGCGAUCUGCUGUUACCUCCAGCACAAAAGGUACAUUCUUGUUCUGGACGAUGUGUGGAAUGUGAAUGUGUGGUUUGAUUGUAAAGAUGCUUUUCUUCAUGGCAAGGGCCGGAUACUGUUUACAUCAAGGAUUUACGAGGUAGCAUCACUAGCACAAGAAUCAAACAUAAUAAAUUUGCAGCCACUUGGAGAACAUGAUGCACUGGAUCUAUUCUGUAGAGAGGCAUUUCAAAAGGAAGAGAAGAGGAUUUGCUCACCAGAGUUAUCAGAUUUGGCGGGCAUGUUUGUAACGAGUUGCAACGGCUUGCCAAUUGCUAUCAAAUGCAUUGGGAGAUUGUUAUCAUUCCGAAGCACAUGUUUCUCUGAGUGGGAGAAAGUGUACAAAGAUAUGAAGAAGCAGCUCACUGACAACCCGGUCAUGGAUAUGCACGUAAUCUUGAAGGUUAGUUUGGAAGAUCUGCCACAUAGUGUUAGAAGUUGUUUCCUGUAUUGUUGCAUGUUCCCAGAGAAAUAUGUGAUGCAGAGAAAAUCUCUAGUAAGACUUUGGGUUGCAGAAGGGUUUGUUGAAGAGAGUGAACAUAAGACACUCGAGGAGGUGGCUGAGGAUUAUCUGACUGAACUGAUCCACCGGUGUCUAUUGCUAGUAGUCAAGAGGAAUGACUCUGGAUGUGUAUAUGAAGUUCAAAUGCACGACAUCUUUCGUGUUUUAGCUCGUUCCAAGGCACGUGAAGAGAAUUUUUGCGGUGUCUACAACCCCUUGAAAAUUCAUGCCAUCAGAGAAGCACGGCGUGUAUCAACUGAAACAGGGGAUAUUUCUCUGUUGGCAGAGAAUGCUCCGCAUCUUCGUUCAUUGCUUGUCUUCCACAGUUCGUUUAGCUUCAUUUCACUCCGUUCACUAGCAAUGAACAACAAGUUAUUAUCUGUUCUAAACCUGCAAGAUAGUUCAAUUAAGAGGCUUCCAACAGAGGUGUUUGGCUUGCGUAAUCUGCGGUUUCUCGGCCUUAGGCGAACAAAAAUCUCAAGUCUUCCAGGAUCCAUCGGAAGACUAAAAAAUUUGCUGGUGUUGGAUGCCUGGAAGUGUGAAAUACUAAAGCUACCAUCGCAAGUUACGAAACUCAAUAAGUUGACACAUAUUAUUGUGACUUUGAAGCAUGUUGGACCAUCAUUGCACUUUGUUCCUUCUGUUGGUGUACCAGCUCCUACUGGUAUAUGCUCUUUGACUAGCCUGCAGACACUUCUGCAGAUGGAAGCUAAUGCUGAAAUGGUCCGUGCCAUGGGUGCUCUAGUGGAGUUGAGAACAUUCCGUAUCAGCAAAGUGCAAGGUUCCCAUUGUGAAGAUUUGUUCAAGGGUAUUGGCAGAAUGACUCAUCUUACCCGUCUCGGAAUCCAGGCAGAUGAUAACCAGGAAAUUUCGCAGCUCAAAGCAUUUCAGCCACCUCCCUUACUUCAGAAGCUUUUCUUGCUAGGGGCACUAUCCAAGGAAUCCUUGCCUAAUUUCUUCACCGCAUUGAGUAAGCUGAAGAACCUCAAAUUUCUGAGGCUUGUUGGCUCACGGCUUAAUGAAGAAACAUUUUCAUAUCUUAAGGGAUUGGAGAAUCUAGUUAAGCUUCAACUUUAUGAUGCAUACACUGGUGAUAAGAUGUACUUUCAUGCAACAUCUUUUCCGAAGCUCAGGGUACUGAAAAUACGAGGUGGACCACAUCUGAAUGAAAUCAUGAUAGAAAGAGGCGCCAUGCCGAGCUUGGUUGAUCUUAAGCUCCUGCUCUGCCCACAGUUGAAGAUGCUGCCACAUGGUAUUGAACAUGUGAGUACUCUUGAAGAACUGACUUUGGAUACGGCAGAAGAACUAGUUGACAGGGUUCGGCAGAAGGAAGAGACGAGCAUUUUUCAUGUCCGACGAGUUUUCAUUGGGAAUCAGAAGUUGCCGGUAUCAUAG